AUGAGAAGAAGCAACAACUUGAUAGGUUUACUAAACUUCAUUACUCUGGUGUUGUCAGUUCCAGUUCUGGGAGGUGGGAUAUGGCUGGCCACCAGAUCCAACGGCACAGAAUGCCUGAAGUUUCUUCUGUUGCCGUUGAUCAUCAUAGCAGUGAGCAUCAUGGUGACUUCCUUGGCCGGUUUAACCGGUGCCUGUUACCGAAACCUGUUGCUGAUGAGGCUCUACCUGGUGGCCAUGAUCCUCAUAAUGCUGGUGUUCCUCGGAUUCAUCAUCUUUGCAUAUGCUGUAACGGAUAAGGGUUCGGGGAGGGAGACAGAGAAGCGCGCUUACUUGGAGUAUUACCUGGAGGAUUACGAGGGUUGGUUGAAGGAACGCGUGGAAAGUGACGAAUACUGGACAAAAGUUAGCUCUUGUGUUAAGGAAUCUAAGCUUUGUCGGAAACUUGGGAGAACCAUUAAUGGAGUGCCUGAAUCUGCUGAAACCUUCUACUUAAGAAAUCUUUCUCCUAUUCAGUCUGGAUGUUGCAAGCCCCCGACAGAAUGUGGUUACAGAUAUGAGAACGAGACAGUGUGGAGCUCAGAAGGAGUUGUGGGAAGCAACAAGACAGAUUGCAGAAAUUGGAGCAAUGACCAAAGCGUGCUGUGCUACGACUGUGACUCAUGCAAAGCUGGUGUGCUGGCUACACUCAAGAAAACUUGGAGAAGGGUCUCUGUUAUCAAUAUCCUUGUCUUACUUUUCCUUUUCCUUAUUUACAUAGUUGCUUAUGCAGCCUACAAGAACAACCGCAGAAUAGAUAACUGUCAACCCUGCGGUGAAACAAAGAUCAUCAAGUUACAACCUAGUACAUUCUUAUGUUAA